CUCACUUGUACUCCUCCCCGCGACCUCUGCUCUGAAAGGGGCGGGGCCAAAUCCCUGGUAACGGCUGUUACGUUGACGUUUACUCGAAUGUUACCUACUGCUGACAAGGAAGCGACCUCUGUAUUAACCCUUAUUUACCUAAAGAACCACUUAAUUUAACUUGUUGACGGCCAUUUUUUAAGUUUUCACCCGGGUUUGUUGUCGUAAACUGGGGGGUCAAAAUGGCCACGAUGGACUUGGAGAAGCUGAAGAUGACGGGUGCUGGUCGAGCCAUGGCAGUGCUGACCAGCGGUGGAGAUGCACAGGGGAUGAAUGCUGCGGUCCGAGCUGUGACCAGGAUGGGCAUCUAUGUGGGGGCCCAGGUCUAUCUUAUACAUGAGGGAUACCAGGGCAUGGUGGAUGGGGGAGACAACAUCAAGCUGGCAAACUGGCAAAGUGUGACCAACAUCAUCCAACUGGUGGCAUUGUUAUGA